CCGGCUGCCGCCGAACAGGGGGUUUGGCAGCUCCUUUUGGUCACCUUCGUGUCCUACGCCCUGCUGCCCGUGCGCAGCCUGCUGGCCAUCGGCUUUGGGCUCGUGGUGGCUGCCUCUCACUUGCUGGUCACAGCCACCUUGGUCCCCGCCAAGCGCCCACGUCUCUGGAGGACGCUUGGCGCCAAUGCCCUGCUCUUCCUCGGCGUGAACGUGUAUGGGGUCUUCGUGCGCAUCCUGACCGAACGCUUGCAGAGGAAGGCAUUCCUGCAGGCCCGGAGCUGCAUCGAGGACCGCCUGAGGCUGGAGGAUGAGAACGAGAAGCAGGAGCGGCUCCUCAUGAGCCUCUUGCCCCGGAAUGUUGCCAUGGAGAUGAAGGAGGACUUCCUGAAGCCCCCUGAGAGGAUUUUCCACAAGAUUUAUAUCCAGAGGCAUGACAAUGUGAG